AAUGAAUGAGCUAAAUAUAUAACAAAAGAUUGGAAAUGGGGCAUUUAGUUAAGUCUACUUAGGUACUUACAAGAGUAGGUAAGUUGCAAUAAAGGUAAGCUUGGAGAAGUAAGUUAGGUGUUGGAUAAAUCAGUUCCAAGUUAUUGUGAAUUGUUUAAUCGUGAAGUAGAAAUACUAGAGUAACUGUAACAUCCUAAUUUAGUGAAGUAUAUUGCGGUAUAUUGUUUAAUCAUUUUCUAAGAGUUAUGAAACAUUUGACAAAUUGUACAUCAUAAUGGAUUAUGUUGAGGGUUCAAAUUUGACUGAAUUCAGCAAAUCUAAUUUAACUGAGUAGAAGAUCAAAAGUAUAAUCAAAUAAUUACUUAUUGUUUUAACAUAUUUACAUAAUAAAGACAUUACUCAUAGAGAUAUCAAGCCUGGUAAUAUGGAUUAUAAAAAUAGAUAAUAUCUUGGUUGGACUUGAUGGUAGAGUAAGAUUAAUAGAUUUUGGCUUAUCUUAACAAUCAGAAUCUAAAAUCUCAUAUGAUAAAUGUGGAACCCUUCUUUUUAUGGCUCCAGAAAUGAUAUUAAAAAUGCCAUAUCUUAAAAGUGUAGACAUGUGGAGUAUUGGAAUUAUACAAUAUCUUUUGUAUGAGAGAAAACAUCCUUUUAAUUAUGAAAAUCUUAUAGAGAGCAUAUAAUCAUAUAAUGUCAAUUUCAAUAUCAUGGAUAAGUCAGCAUAGAACUUUUUCAAAAAAUGUGCUGCUGUCAAUCCUGAAGCUAGAAUGUCAGCUUAACAAGCACUUAUGCAUCCCUGGAUUACUGGAGAGGGAGAUCUGGGAUAACCUAUCACUAUACAUGAUAGAAUGGCUAUUUUCUAAAAUAAAUAAAAAUUAAUUUGUUUGAUAAAUGCUUUAUCAUUCAUUAAAUAUUGCACUUCCUUUGUUAAAGCUAUUAGAUUAAUUAUACCUUUAAAUGAAUAAGUUUCUUAAUAAGAAAUUACUGUAAGAUAAUAGAAUUAAGAUGCCACUCAAAGAAAAUCUACAUCUAGAAUAAAGUAAGCUAGAUCUACUAGUUAACUCUUUUUUGAGACAAAUGUUGCUAGUCCAUUAAAGAAAUAAUCUCCAUUUCGAAUAAUUCAAUAAAGAUAAUCACAAACUAGAUAGCUACAACAUUCUAAUUCUAUGUAGCUUGCUCAAAUGGCUAAAAGAGGAUCAUUAAAUAAAUUACCGUAUUUUUAUAUUUUAUAAGGAUAUUAGCCCACUUAAUUCUAGUAAUUCACCUAUAGAAAAGAGAAGAACUAAUAUCAGAAUGCGUUAACUUUGA